AUGCCGAUGAAUUUUACCGAUUAUUGCUAUGAUAUGCCGCCUAAAGUACAUAUCGGUGUCACAACAUGCAGUCAUUCCUUAUGUGUUACCGUCAUUGAACCUCGAAUUUUAGCUGGACAUCACAUUGGAAAUAAUGUUAUUCGCGGCUGCUUUUCUUCUGUAUUUAAAUAUGGUCCCACACCAUCCGCUGACAGCCUUUCUGCUUCAGAUAUAUCGUGUAGCAGAAUGCCUGCGUACAAACUACUACCACCACAUUUAGCAAUGCGUGCUUCAAAUCGUACUAUUGAAUUAUGUUGGUGUUUUGGGCAAUUAUGUAACGAUUAUCCUUCAGCUGAGUCUGCUGGAUUUACGAAACAACCACUGUUGUCUUCGUUCAUCUUUGUCUUAGCAUCAUUUGUAGUACUGAUUUUUUAUUGGGAAUUAUUGAUAUAA